GUCUGGCGCUUACAGCAUCAUGGAGGUGGAAUCACCAGUCCUUACCCCUAAAAUGACUGCCAUCAGCAACGCAGCAGACAUUUCUGUCAUCUGCUUCUACUUCCUUGCGGUCAUUGGCACUGGUCUCUGGUCCAUGAGCCGGAUCAAUCGGGGGACGGUGGGGGGCUACUUCUUGGCCGGAAGGAAUAUGGUGUGGUGGCCGAUUGGCGCCUCUCUCUUUGCCAGCAACAUCGGCAGCGGGCAUUUUGUGGGAUUGGCAGGCACUGGGGCAGCGAAUGGCCUGGCCGUGGCAGGAUUUGAGUGGAAUGCUAUAUUUAUUGUUCUCCUCCUUGGAUGGCUGUUUGUUCCAGUUUACCUCUCUGCUGAGGUCAUCACAAUGCCCCAGUACCUGAAGAAGCGUUUUGGAGGCCAGCGAAUCCGUCUCUACCUCUCCAUCCUCUCUCUUUUUAUGUAUAUCUUCACCAAGAUAUCAGUGGACAUGUUUUCUGGUGCUGUGUUCAUCCAGCAAGCCUUGGGCUGGAAUAUUUAUCUAGCUGUCAUAGCACUUCUGACCAUAACCACCAUUUAUACCGCGACAGGAGGAUUGGCAGCCCUGAUGUACACCGACACAGUCCAGACUUUUGUCAUGAUUGGAGGCGCUUUUGUCCUCAUGGGGUUUGCCUUCAGUGAAGUCGGAGGUUAUCAAGGCUUAUUUGACAAAUAUAUGGAGGCUCUUCCCACACGGACACUUUCACCCAGCCCUGCCCUCUACAACAUCUCAUCUUCCUGCUACCUGCCCCGUGAAGACUCGUUCCACAUGAUCAGAGAUGCCACCACUAGUGAUCUGCCCUGGCCAGCUGUCAUUCUUGGUCUUUCCAUCAACUCCAUCUGGUAUUGGUGCAACGACCAGGUCAUAGUACAGAGGUGUCUGGCCGGGAAGAACCUGACCCAUGUCAAAGCUGGCUGCAUCCUUUGCGGGUACCUCAAACUAUUGCCCAUGUUUCUCAUGGUUAUGCCUGGCAUGAUCAGUCGGAUUCUCUAUCCAGGUAAACAUCUGAGAUGUAGAUAUCAGAAGGAAAAUGUGAGGUGGCUGAUUAACUGAACUGAAGAACAGUCCCAGAUGCCAUUAGAGGAAGCACAGUUAAAGGGAUGGAUUUAGAGAUCUUUGAA